AAAAAUACAAGUGAAAGCAAAAAACAUUUCCUCUCUCAAACAAGAUGUUCCUGUUAGUCAUGUGAGAAGCUGCCUAAGAGAAGGAGGGCCCUAAUAGAUAUACAGUAUAUAUAGUGAUCAGGCUUCAAGCCUUCAUUUCCCACACAGUCGUCAUGAAGACAGCAGCGGCCCUCCUGGCUCUCUCUCUCCUUCAUGUCUGCUCUCCUGUUCCGGUCAGACGCCCCGACAACUGGCUCGGUAAAUGUCGAGCCUCCAGCAACCUCUCCAUCACAGCCCUGGAGGUGCUGCCAGGUGGAGGCUGGGACAACCUUCGGAACAUGGAUAUGGGCCGAGUCAUGAACCUCAGCUACUUCCAGUGCCAGACGACAGAGGACGGGUACUACCUCAUCCCAGACGAGGUGUUUGUCAUUCCCCACAAAGAGACGGGUGUGGAGACCACCUCAGAGAUAAUCAGCUCCUGGCUUGAGCAGAAAAGCUCUACAUCCUCCUCCAUAAAUGCAGAUAUCUCCUUCCUCAAAGUGAUAAAUGGCAAAUUCUCUAUUGAGAACCAGAGGAUGAAAACCCAUCAGGUCAAAGACUCAUCGACUACAGCCAGAGUGCAGGUUCGUAACUUCAUCUACACUGUUAAGGCUUAUCCAGACUUCACUCUGGACACACGCUUUGCUCAGCAAGCCAGAGAGAUAGCCGAUGCGAUUGAAAACAACCAAACGAGGAACGCAGAGUAUCUCUCAGAGAAGAUGGUGCUGGACUAUGGAACUCAUGUUAUCACCAGCGUCGAUGCUGGGGCUGCUUUAGUGCAGGAAGAUUACCUCACUACUUCGUAUGUGUCGGACAACGUGUCGCAGGGCUCCUCCAUCAAAGCUCAGGCUGGCUUCAACUUUUUUGACAAACUCAAGUUUGACAUAAGCAGUCAGACUUCACAGCAGAGCUCGUCAAUCCAAACGUAUCAGUCCAACAUUCAGUACUCUCUCAUUCAAAGCCAUGGAGGCGGCACACCUUUCUAUCCUGGCAUCACUCUGCAGAAGUGGCAGGAGAGUACCAGAAACAACCUGGUUGCUAUUGAUCGCUCCGGAUUUCCCCUACACUUCAUCAUAAACACAAACACCAUUCCUGACCUGCCACAGCCGACAGUUGGGAAAGUGGCUCAAAGUGUAGGUCAAGCCAUAGAGCGAUACUAUAUGGUCAACAGCCGCCCUGGCUGUGUUGACGUCAACUCCAAGAACUUUAACUUCCAAGCCAACAUUGAUGACAGUUCCUGCGAUGGCCCUGCUACAAACCUCAGUUUUGGAGGCAUCUAUCAAACCUGUGAUCAACUCAGUGCAGAUGCGGGUCCCCUUUGUGAUUCCCUGGCCAAGAAAAACCCUGGAACGGGAGACUUCUCCUGUCGUUCUCCUUACUCCCCAAUGCUACUGAGAUCAGAAGUGAGACAGCAGGGUUACAAUUCCCACCAAUGCUACGAUCACAGCUAUCACUGUGGAUUUUUAUGGUUGAAAACCUGUCAUAGUUCAGUGUGCCAGGACAACUACUAUGUUCGCCGUGCUCGCAUUAACACCUACUGGUGCUCUGUGAACGGAAAGGCCCCGGACAACUCGGGGUAUCUCUUUGGAGGCCUCUACAGCCCCACUCUCCUGAACCCCCUCACCAAGGCCAAAAGCUGCCCACCGAACUUCGUCCCACAACAUUUCCUCUCGGAUGGCCAAGUGAUCUGUGUGAGUGACGACUAUGAAGCCGGAUCCAGAUUUGCAGUGCCCUUCGGAGGCCUCUUCAGCUGCCAGUCCACCAACCCACUGGCAGGAGGCCAACGUCGCUGCCCUCCCAAGUUCAGUCAGCACCUGGCCACAGUGAGCGAUGGCUGUGAAAUUCUUUACUGUGUCCAGUCGGGACUGUUCACAGGCGGGCAACUGCUCCCAAUCCACCUUCCCCCUUUCACUAAACCUCCGCUCGUCACCAUGCAAGCCACCAACACAGUAAUGGUGAUGAGUGACGGAGACAAGAGCUGGGUCAGAGUGGGGCAGACCAAGAUGUGGAAACUGGCCAAACCAGAGGAAAUCAAGUCAAUUGUGCAACAAAUGGACCCAGAAUUGAAUCAGAGGACGGGGGGAGAAAAGGCCGGUAUAGCCUUUGGGGUGAUGGGUUUGAUGGUGCUGGUGGUCAUAGUGGCAGUACUCGUGAAGCGGAGAAGGAGAGGGCUCCCUCGGUUGGGGAUGGUGAUGGGCUAUGAGGAAAUACGUGGAGAGGUGGGUUGUGAUGAAGCAGAGAGGGAGACACAGCAAGAGGAUGCCUGAGGGGAAAAAAACUGCUUGGCGCCUUUUUCCCCUGACACAAGUUCUUCUAAUGAGUGAGAUUUAGUUUUGAAGUUGAUUGUCACCUCAGAAAUCUUUGAAUCUUUAAAAAUUAGUUUUUCUGGAGAGGGAGAUGUUGUUGCAGUUUUUUAAGAAUUCCUGGUUUGAAUCAAUGUGGCUAACAAACAAAAAUCUUGAAUUUUGCACUUUCUAACAUUGAAUUACCGUCAUGAUUCUUGAUUUCAGCUAAAUCCGCUUUUAAAAUCGCAUCAUAAAAAAAAGAAAGAAAUGCAUUUAGAAAAGUUUUUCACAGAUAAUUGGUGGACCCUUUGUAAUUUGUGUAUGAAACAUUUUGGUACUGUACUUUCAAUUCAAAACUAUAUUUUUAUAAAUGGUGUAUGGUGUAUCUGCUAAGCUGUUCUGCAAUGCACAACUAUGAAUUAACUAUAAAAGGUAUUUUAAAAAAAUCUGAUGGAUCUAUGUCUUUAUGCUCGCUAUCUCUCUUGGCAAGGACAAUGUCUUAAAUGUCCAAAUAAUUUCUUGGUAGUUGGUCAAGGACAUAGUUAAUGGCCUUCUAACAUGUCUUUUAAUAGAUCAUGUAAAGGUUAGUUCAAAAAGCAGAAAUGAGUGCCCUUACAUCACAAGGCCCUUUUAAUGACUCUGCAUUAAUAAGACAUGCGUAAAUGAAAUAGUCCAUGUUACUGCAAUAAACAAAAACUUUGUUUCUGUUUUAUUAUAUAUAUAUAUAUAUAUGAUAUAUUGUCUCUAUUUAUACAUAUAUAUGUAUAAAUAUAUACAUAUAUAUGUUACACUCUUGAGGUUACACAUGUGAGAUUUCUGCAGAGGUGUAAGCAACAGUUUAGAUCACACUGGUUCAGAGUAAAUGAAGAUGUAGAUGAAAUCCUCUAAAAAGCCAUAGCACAACACUCAAACUUGAUCAUGUGGUAAUUCAGAAGCUGUGUAAAGUUAGAGAUUUUUCAGUAAAUACCCGUGUAAGUGUUUUCUCCAAAUCAAUGAUUUCGGAACAAUCUGUGCCUUUUGAGAUUUCAUUUCUUCUAUUAUGUCACUGUAGGUAUUUGUUUAAUCUAAAUAUUAUGAAUAAAGCUAUUCUUAAAAUGUAAA